GGGAGAGUGACCACUAACCCUCUGCACUUCAUCAUGCAGGUUAUUCGUCACGCCAUCGCUCUGAUGUUCUUUCCUGCGCUGUCUGGAUCAUCAACGUGCGCAUCACUGUUGCGCGCGCUACCGUCCCGUGGACCUGCCCAGAUUUCCACAUGUGGGACUUGGCUGGACAGUACUCAGGAUUCAACGCUGCAAGCUAUGCCACUAUCUCAGUACUUGGUCCUCGGCACAGCUUGGAAGGCCUCAUCGGCAACGACAUCAACCGUUCCCCAAGCUAUAAAGCCACCGCCCCCGUCGGCAUCGCCUUGUGGGCUCGGCAGCUGUUCUGCGAGAGUGAUCACUAACCCUCUGCACUUCAUCAUGCAGGUUAUUCGUCACGCCAUCGCUCUGAUGUUCUUUCCUGCGCUGUCUGGAUCAUCAACGUGCGCAUCACUGUUGCGCGCGCUACCGUCCCGUGGACCUGCCCAGAUUUCCACAUGUGGGACUUGGCUGGACAGUACUCAGGAUUCAACGCUGCAAGCUAUGCCACUAUCUCAGUACUUGGUCCUCGGCACAGCUUGGAAGGCCUCAUCGGCAACGACAUCAACCGUUCCCCAAGCUAUAAAGCCACCGCCCCCGUCGGCAUCGCCUUGUGGGCUCGGCAGCUGUUCUGCGAGAGUGACCACUAACCCUCUGCACUUCAUCAUGCAGUCUCUAUCAUCAGGCACUCUACCAAACGAAUGGAAGGUGGGCAAGGUCGUUCCAGUCUACAAGUCAGGUAACAGAGUUUCACCAUUAAACUACCGGCCCAUCUCCAUAACCAGCAUACCGUGUAAAAUCAUGGAACAUAUCAUUUACACUAACAUCGUGAACUUCCUCGAUUCCAACAGUUUUUUCCAUUCAUCACAGCAUGGUUUUCGCAAGGGACUGUCCUGCGAAACACAACUCGCUCUUUUUCUUCGUGAUCUGCAUUUAAACAUGGACUCUAACAUACAGGUAGACGCAAUAUUCCUUGACUAUGCUAAAGCCUUCGACAAGGUACCACAUCAACGCUUGCUGUUGAAACUUUCCCAUUUAGGCUUGCGUCCAGAUGUCAUACGAUGGGUUAAAAGGGCGGCCACGCCCAUGGCACCUCCUGGCAGAAUGGGCGAUCCGUCCCGCACCACGACCGUCACCGUGGCGGACACCUACACCUGA